AGCCAUUUUGGCUCAAGCCAUUGUGAUUCAAGUCGUUGUUUUUGAUAUCUUUCUCUCGGGAUAUUUUCGCUUCCAUCCUUGAACAUCCCACUUUCGCUCGUAGCGCCCACAGGGAUGGGUCGUUUUCUGUUGCGAUGGCUGGGCUGUCCGCUUCCCAGGCUCUCGAUCUUCCCACCGACGAGCACGGCAAGGCCACCGCGCUUCGCUUGCUCUCUUGGGGCCGGACGAAGGAGGCACACCCCCGCGUGUGCGGAUUCUGGUUCGCCACGAUUUCCUUCUUCUGGACUUUCGUCGGAUGGUCCGCCUUCGCACCGUUGAUGGCAGUUGUGCGCGACGACAUAUCGGUCUGUGCGACGGCUUUGACGAGGAGGGGAAGUGCAACUGCGGUGCUGGCACGGAGUGCAAAAACUCAUCGGCUUCAGGCUUGACAGCAGUUGCAAGCACAAUCUUCGUUCGGGUGUUGCUUGGGGGCUUGCUGGAGAAGUCCGGGCCGCGCAAGGUGCACGUGGCGCUUCUAGGCCUCGGUGCGCUGUUUGUGGCGAUGCUUGCGGGCAGCCCAGGCAAAAACACUUGGGAAGUGCCUGCGGGCAGCUCAGGAAAAGGCGCUCGGGAAGUGCCUUCGGGCAGCCCAUGCAAGGCACCUGGGAGGUGCCUGGCUCACGAUGGCCCGAAGAGUGGCCCAAGAGUCAGGAAGGGAAACGACACGCAAUCCAUCGUCGACUCCCAGG